GGAAGCGGGUAAACCGAGUGGCUCUGUAAUUUUCUCCGACGAUAUUGCAACGAGUGGCGCUCGCUACCCUUUCAUUAAUUUUUAAAAAUAAUUUUUUCUUCAUAUAUAUUAAGUGGGAAACAAAAAAAAAACAAAAAAACGGAAAGUAUAUAUAAAUAUUGGAAAUAUCAACGCUGUACGAAAGAGAUCUUUGCCCUUCCGAAAUUGUGGUGAUUAACAGAAUCAUAAAUUUGAUAGUGGAAAAGGAGAUAACGAAGCAAUAACUGUAGACGGAAUUCGCCAUGGGAACUCUUCAAGCUUCAACCUCUUACAGCAUUGGUUUUGGAAUUUCAUCUUUAGCUGCUCUUCCCAAGCCUUCUACUCGUCGCUGCGUGACCGUAGCUAAAAUGGAACCAUCAGAGAAGUCUGUUGAAGUCAUGAGGAAAUUCUCGGAGCAGUAUGCUCGUAGGUCAGGAACAUAUUUCUGUAUGGACAAAGGCGUCACUUCUGUGGUCAUCAAGGGUUUGGCAGAGCACAAAGAUACAUUGGGGGCACCACUCUGCCCCUGCAGGCAUUAUGAUGACAAAGCUGCAGAAGCGCAACAGGGCUUCUGGAAUUGUCCAUGUGUACCAAUGAGAGAGAGGAAGGAGUGUCACUGCAUGCUUUUUCUGACCCCUGACAAUGAUUUUGCUGGAGAAGAACAGACAAUUUCUAUGGAGGAGAUUAAGGAAACAACAGCAAAUAUGUGAUGCUCCAACACCGUAUACAUGCUAUGAACAUUACGUUUUUGUUAUACAUGUAUCUUUGAGUAGUAGAUGAAGAGCAACAAUCAAAAUUCUGAUGUGACAUAUUGCUGAAACCCCAUCCAGUACAUCGUUGGGUGUUCUGAUCUUGUCAGAUGAGCUUGGGUGGGUGAAUACCAGUGCAAUUAUGCUAACUGUUGUGUGAUGCAUCUUGAUUGUAUGAGCCGUAAUAGGAAAUUUUGGGUGGCUUCAGCUAAUGCAAAUCCUGAUUUUGUAUAAAACUGGAUUUAAUUUCCAAAAGCUGCUUGAUGAAUUUCAA